AUGGCAAAUUCUGAAGGAGAUAGUGGUACAACAUCUGCUUCUUGCUUAGGAGAAGAUGAUCACGUUUCGGUUGAUGUUGAUUCAUUGACCUCUUCCUUCGAAAACAUGAUGUCCCAAAACUCACUGAAGUCCACUGAUUGUUGCAUCUUCAAAGUGCCUAACAUACUCCGAAGGCACAGCAAAAAAGCCUAUGUUCCCAACGGCUUUUCGAUUGGUCCUUGGCACCAUAACAAUCCAAACUUGAAAGGUACAAAAAACAUCAAAGUGAGGUAUCUCGAUGACCUUCUCUCCGAAGCACCAUCUGGGAAACCGAUACUGAAGGAGUUGAUUAGAGCCAUUAAGGAGACUGAGAAAGAAGCCCGGCAGUGCUAUGCUGGACCAAUUGGUGAGGCCACUCGGUUUUUCAAUCAGCUUUAUCAUGAUUCUUAUUUGACCGAGUACCACUACGCGAACGAGUGUAAAGAAGUGAAUAAGUAUUGCCGGCAAAGUUGGCCUAGAUGGCGUGCCGUGCUUAUGAGAAAUUACUUCGGCACUCCAUGGAAAAUUGCUUCUCUUUUUGUUGCUGCAGCCUUUUUGAUUCUCACCAUUGUGCAGACCAUAUUCUCCAUUAUUAAGAAGUAA